GCACUGAACUGAAUCAACUAUUAUCAAGUGCGUAAAAGUUCCGUCAAAAUACAAAAAAAACGCUGCGUAAGUUUUAGGCGGAGACACUGUUUAAAACCCCUAUUCCAACCUCUUUCUCUCUUCACUCACCGCAAAUCCAAUCCUCUCUGUUUCUCUCUCUCUCUCUCGGAACGAUUUGAUCAACACCAUGUCAGGUUUCGGAGCCACAAACGCAAAUCCAAACAAAUCCCACGAGGUUACGCAACCACCAACUGAUUCUGUUUCGAGUCUUGCUUUCAGUCCCAAAGCCAAUUUCCUCAUUGCUACUUCUUGGGACAAUCAGGUUCGAUGUUGGGAGGUUUCGAAGAAUGGAACUGCUCUUAACACUACACCCAAAGCUUCUAUUUCUCAUGAUCACCCCGUCUUGUGCUCUGCUUGGAAGGAUGAUGGAACCACAGUUUUUUCUGGAGGUUGUGACAAGCAGGUCAAGAUGUGGUCGCUUUUGUCUGGAGGGCAACCAGUGACUGUUGCCAUGCAUGAUGCGCCCAUCAAAGAAGUUGCGUGGAUACCCGAGAUGAAUCUCUUAGCCACAGGAAGCUGGGACAAAACCGUAAAGUAUUGGGAUACUAGGCAGUCCAAUCCAGUGCAUACUCAGCAACUCCCUGAUCGCUGUUAUUCGAUGUCAGUGAGACAUCCUCUGAUGGUUGUGGGAACUGCAGAUAGGAAUCUGAUUAUCUUCAACUUGCAGAAUCCACAGACUGAGUACAAAAGAAUAGUAUCACCCCUGAAAUACCAGACAAGAUGUGUUGCUGCAUUUCCAGAUCAACAAGGCUUUUUGGUUGGCUCAAUAGAAGGAAGGGUUGGAGUACAUCACCUUGAUGAUGCACAGCAAAGCAAGAAUUUUACUUUUAAAUGCCACAGAGAAAGCAAUGACAUAUAUUCAGUCAAUUCCUUAAAUUUCCAUCCUGUACAUCACACUUUUGCAACUGCUGGAUCUGAUGGUGCUUUUAAUUUCUGGGAUAAGGACAGUAAACAAAGACUCAAGGCUAUGCAAAGGUGUAAUCAGCCCAUACCCUGCGGUGCAUUCAAUAAUGAUGGUUCCAUAUAUGCUUACGCGGUUUGUUAUGAUUGGAGCAAAGGUGCAGAAAAUCACAAUCCGACUACCGCAAAGAACUACAUUUAUUUGCACUUACCACAGGACACUGAGGUUAAAGGCAAGCCACGAGCUGCAUCGGGCAAAAGAUGAAGUUUGGUGUUAAAGGUUCUGUGUUUUCAGUGCAUUCAUAUCAGGGAUUGGACACAAGAAGAAACAUAUCAGUCGUUUAGUGUUUUGGUGCAACAGUUAAAAUGAUUAGAUUCUAACUCAUUCUUUGGUUUUCAUCUCAAGUUGUCUUUCUUUUAUCAUGAAUCGUAAAUUCGUAAUGUCUUUUCUCUUACAUAGAGAAACAAUGUAGGAGGCUUGCCUUGCCGUUUUUUGUUAUGAAUGUUAUCGUCGUUUAAUGAUAUAUAUUUCAUCAUGUUUUACCUUU